GAUAUUUACUUUUUAUUGUUCGUUCUGUCAAAACAGUAUUUAUGAUUUUAAUCUUACAUGGAAAUAUUAACGCAACUGAAAUUUAUAACAAAUGAAAAAGAGAAUGUUCAAUAAAUUCACUACAUUAAUUCAGCAUGCAGUGGAUUCUUUUGUACCCAACUUGACUCUUCAAGAGGAAUUUAUACACCAUUGGAAUGCUGUCACACAUUAUUUUGUGGAUAAUAAAGAGGAGAGAAGACGUAUUGAGGAAACUACUAUACCAGGACACAUAGAACAAAUGGUAUUAAUAUUAGUACAAGAAGAAAGAGAACAAUUAGAAGUUGGCACUACAGGGCCAUGUUUAGAAUAUCUACUGCAACAUAGAUUACUAGAAACUCUUUAUACGCUCGGCAGAACAGAUCAUCCACCUGGUAUGAAACAAGUAAUAUUGAUAUUUUUUACCAAGUUGUUAUCGAGAUUAGAUCAUCCUUUAUUACCACAUAUAAACGUUCAUAGAGCUGUACAGAGAUUGGUGAAAAUUUGUGGUGAAGUGCGAGCAGGACCAACAGAGAAAGAAGAAAUAGAAUACUUGUGUACAGUUUGUUCUAAAAUAAAAGCUGAUCCAUAUCUUGUUAAUUUCUUUAUUGAGUCUGGUAAACCAGUAAAAAAUUCUAGUCAUGUAAAUACAAGUGGUAUUCCUAAAUCUCAAGAUUUUAGCCUUGUUAAUGCCUUAUUGACACUGUCUUCCAGUAAUGAUGCUAGAGUGUGUGUUAAAGCAUGUGAAGGGAUUAUGUUAUGUGUCAGUUUACCCGAACAAUCUGCUGCUGACUGUUUAGUUCGUCAUACUAAGUUCUGUGAUAAUUUGAUCACCAGAUUAUGUGACUUGUACGAUAAACUACCAUCUUUUGUCAGUCCUAGUGAUAUAGAAUCUGUUGAUGCCAAAUGGGGACUCGAUGCAGUUGUAACAGUUAAAGAAGACCAGCAGACUUUUAAAGGCAAAUGGCAGUUGACUUCGUUUUUGGCUUGGCUAGAUUAUUGUGAUCAGCUUAUUGCAGUUUCUCAUCCCACAGUUGCUGCAGCUCUUGCCACGACUAUAACAGAAAAACUUCUACUUAAUAAAAUAAAGAAAGAUCUCCUACAAGUAUCUGAAGCAGGUGUUUUAAUGGCCACAGCAUAUUUUACCAAAUGUCUAAGAAUUGUUUAUUCUCCACCAUUAUUAAUAGAGUUUUCCCAUUUUCUACUUGGAACGGAUAAAGAGGUUGAAAUGUUGAAUGAUGAACAGCCUACCAUUAGAAAGAGAUUAUUAGAGAGAUGUGAUCAUUUAUCAGAUGAAGUGAGUGUGGUAACAAUGAGAUUGUUUGAAACUUUACUACAAAAAGAAGAGGAAUCAAUAUUUCACAAUUUGAUUUUACGGAACUUGCUCGGCAGAAGUUACAUUACUUUGGACACCAUUAAAAAAAAUGACAAGGAAGUCAACAGAAAUUCUUUACAAAAAGAUGAUGCUUCGUCCUGUGAGGGUAAAACUGAGGUUUUAUCAGUAACUGAUACUCAAGAUCUUACGCAAAAAUCGCCAAUCAAAACUGGUGUGUGUUUAAACAAUCUUAAGGUUGAGCGUGACGGGGAAAAGAUGGAGAGUGAUAUUGGUGAAUUAUCAGGGGAAAAAACUGCUGAUGAGAAUGUGCAAGAUGAUGUGUUAAGACAAACUGUCAGCGAUGAAACUGUCAAAUUACAAGUUGUACACAAAGAAAUGGAGUUAAAGAUAAUUGAGAAAACAGAAACGGAAAAACUACUUGACAGUAUUGUUAAUGAUGAUUCUCCUGAUAGAGAAAUAGAAAGUGGCAAUGGUACUGGUACCGAUACUCCAAAGUCAUAUCCAAGAGCUGAAGUACAUAAGAUUGUGACGAGUUUUUUAAGUUUAUUACCAGAAGAAGCUAAGUCAUCAUAUCAAACAGCUGAUAGCGGUUACGAUAUGUAUUUAAAAGAUGCACAUAAACAGUUCUCUAACGUGGAACAAAUGUGUAAACCAUGGAACUGGCCAUCUGAACCUGUUGUUGAUAAAGAUUUUAGUACUGAGCCGUUCUGGGAAGGAUCAUUUGUAAAAAUGUUAUUAGAUAAAUUGUCAAGAACACUGAACCAGAGUUAUCCUGUCAAUCUGCUAGUGACAUCAUUGAUAUCCCGAGUGGCCAUAUUGCCACACCCUAAUAUACAGGAAUAUUUACUGGAUCCUUUCAUACCAAUGGAUCCUAAAACUAGAACAUUACAUAAUGUUUUAAAAAAGAUUUCUGCUGAAGUUUUGGUGUACAUGAAAACAGAAUCAGAUUUCCAGAAUAAACUUGGUACGGCACGAAAGAAUUUAAUGGGUGCAGCAGAAACAGUUAAGAGUUUAAGACUAAAACCAAUGACACCACCUUCUCCUGGAUUUGAUGAUCAGGGUCAACUUGAAGCUAUUAUUGUUUUGGAAGAAUUCUGUAAAGAACUUUCGGCUAUAACCUUUGUUAAAUACCAUGCUGCCGUGACACGCACUUAACCUGUAACCCAUUUUACGACUGCCUUUUCUUUUAAUCCAUAAUUCAUCGAACAGAACCUACUGAACUCUCUGUCUUAAUAAAACUGGGAUUAUAAUCCAUAAAAAGACCAUCAACUUGAAUACAAUUUACUCAUAAAGCAAGGCCAUAUUAAGGUUCUUUAGAAAUCAAAGACUUUCUUUAUGCUGUUUCUGUCAUUUUUUCCCCCAAGUGUUCUAAUUUAUAUACAUUUUGUGUCAAAUAUUUCUUUAUGUUUUAUAUGAAAAAGUCCCUUUGUUCAGAAAUGUUGCACUAAAUCAGACAACUGUCUUAAAGAGCCAUGUACAGAUAUUCAGUAAAUCUGAUUUCUCUUUGAUAGGGUGGCCCAUGUACUCACAGAAAUACAGUCCACCGCUGAUAGUUCGAGACUACCACUGAAGCGUGCACAUUCGCCGUGCCGAGACCAACUUUCUGACAGUAUGAUACUAUAAAUAGCCAUGGCACGUGCAAUUCUCUACAAAUCUAUCAACUAUUACAGCCGUAAAAAAUUUAUUGUUGACGAUUUUGGAUAGCAGUUAAAUUAAGCUUCUUGGUUAUUACAGCAGAUUUAGAAAUUACGUUCGUUUCAUUUUUUAAAUCGCUUUAUCAUUAACUGUACCGUUAAGAGCGGCAUCUUUUGGUUUAGUACAAAUAAUAUAUCUGAAUCACUCGGGUUAGGCAGGAACAUGAUACUAGCAGUAGUUUCAUUUUACUUUUACAAGCUUCUUAAAACGAUUGUUGAGCUACCUAACGUGCUUAUUUCUAAAUUCAAUUUCUUGUUCUAGCUUUCUGUUACGUUUCGUAAAAAAGUAGUCUUGAUUAUCCCGACCUGUCAAUCAGACGUAGAAUGGUCGAUAGACUGGUUAAGCGAGACAAAUUUCAAAACAAGGGCACGUAACCUAUCUUUUACUCAAAAGUGUCUGGAUGUUAUGGACGACUCUUGGUACCAGUUUUCAGUCUAUUAUUUAUACAUGAUUAAUGGUCAUAGCUUAUUAAGUACAACAUGAUCGUUUAUUUAGUGACUAUAAUUGUGUGAAACUGAUUUGAGGCUUGGCAUAUAUAUAAAUAUUGUGGCGUAAUUGUCGAGAUAUAUGGAGAUAUUUAUUUAUGGUGGGUCACCCUAUCUUUGAUCUAUAUUAAAAAAAUCUUGUGGGUUUUAUCUGGGUCCCCCGGUUUCAUCCCACUGCUAAAGACCCCUACGCACAAGCAAAUUGUUGAAAUAAAAUUAAACCAUAUGUUAGUCCCAAAAUGACCUGGUUUGUGUCGAGUGGACGUUUUACCCCAUCUCUCUCUCUCUCUCUCUCUCUCUGUUUAAAACAAACUACAAAGUUAAGAACUUAGGGGACAUUAUUAUGAAGUUUAGUUCUUUGGAAACAGCUAUUUAAAUAUUGCUUCCUGUUUUUGGGACGAAACAAAAUAACAAAAAUGGUUGGAGGUUCUUCUCAAGAUACUUAUAGUCUCUGAUAGUCAAUGGAAGGAUUGUUAGUCCUUAACAAACUACAAUAUUAUGAAGGAUGAAUCGAUUUGGGUACAUAGUAUCGUGAAUUAAACUAUUAAAAUUAGAUACCCUCCAAAAAAUGAUUUAAUGAUCAGUGAUUUUAGGUUCUAUAAUUUAAAAAUUUGAAACUUAUAGGUCAUGAGACACAAAUGACUAUUUAUAUCAUGACACCAAAAAACUGAAAAUUACUUUGGAUAAGAAAUCACUGUUUAAAGAAAAGCACUGACAUUCUCUCUUUACAGUGUUUUGUUUAAAAUAUGCCCCUUAAUGAUAAUUCCUUCCCGUUAUUUUACCUUGAUCUUUUCACUACCUGUCUUUUGUUCUUUUAAUGCUAUUAUUGAAUAUCCACCAGUAUUUGCAUUUUUACGUUUUAAAACGUGGUUGAUGACAAAAGUUGAAAAAAAAAAUAUUAUGUAAAUAUCAUUGAGCAUACUUUAUUGCUGUAGAUAAACGUGAUGAACGUGAUUGUUAGUUUAUAGAAUUGGUUAGAUUUAUUAUAUAAUGCUAGUUUUAUUAGUCUGCAGUGUGCAAAUAUAUUGUUGAAAGAUUUAUUUGGACUUAAUUGACCUUUGCAAAAUUUCAACACUUGCGUCCAAACAAAUAACCCUAGAAUAGAUCUCGACCCACACACCCAACCAUCCAUCCGUGCCGACAAGAGUAAGAAAAUGUUGACAUAUUCCCAUUCAUGAUUCAACAUUUAAUUCAUCAUUUUCUAUCCAUGGUUUUGUUCAACCCAACCACCCAGUUCCUUGGGUUAUUCGUUUGGAUGGGGGAUCACGUGGCUAAGUGGGUAAGACGCUGGCUCGCUAGCCUGGAGGUCGGGUGUUCGAUCCCUGCAUUGGCCAAGAAAGUUCGUCCAGAUUUUCCGGCGUGGUUUCCCCUUGUCAGUGAUGCAGGACGGAGGGCCUGACAAGGACAGCUGUCUAGUCGUUCGGAUGGGACAAAAAACCGAGGUCCCGUGUACACAUUGGCGUGCACGUAAAAGAUCCCUUGGCAGUUGGAAUUAGAUAUAAGAGUAGGCCGUAGUGCCGCUGCCCGGGCAAAAUUUCCCUCAUAGCACACAGUAUGGCGUAUGCCCGUCUUCAUUAGCCCAGUUUAGGAGCAGAACAGUAGGACGUUCAACCCCAUUUCAUUUCAUUUCAUUUCAUUUCACUUCAUUUAUUCGUUUGGAUGCAAGUGUUGAAAGUUUGUGACAGUUCCAAGUUAAGUGGUUAGUUUAAGUUUCUUUUAAAUGCCUUGUAAUUUAAUAUUAAAAUUGUUUGUUGUA